AUGUUCUCCUCCAAAACCGAGUAUGACCGUGGCGUUAACACCUUUAGCCCAGAGGGUCGCAUUUUCCAAAUUGAAUACGCCAUCGAGGCAAUCAAGUUGGGAAGCACAAGCUUGGGAAUUCAAACCCCCGAUGCUGUUAUCAUUGCUGCCGAGAAGCGGGUGCCAUCAACACUGGUUGAUCCGUCAAGUGUAAAUAAGAUCCUGGAAAUCGAUCAUCAUAUCGGGACCGUUCUUAGUGGCAUGGUGGCGGAUGCGAGAAUACUUGUGGACCAUGCGCGUGUGGAGGCACAAAAUCACCGUUUCACCUAUGAUGAGCCGAUGAGCGUUGAAUCGUGUGCCUUGGCGACGUGCGACCUGUCAGUUCAGUUUGGUGAAAGCGGGGGACGGAAGAAACUCAUGUCGAGGCCCUUCGGUGUCUCAUUAUUGAUUGCCGGUGUUGACGAAAACGGACCCCAGCUUUGGCAAACAGACCCGAGCGGCACUUAUACACGUUACGAUGCUCAAGCAAUCGGUGGUGGUGCCGAGGCUGCUCAAACUGUUUUCAGUGAGCGUUAUCAUCGGAACAUGACAGUUGAGGAGGCAGAGAAUCUCACCGUGCAGAUUUUACGGCAGGUGAUGGAAGAGAAGCUAACGAAGACCAGCGUUGAAAUUGCAAUUGUUCCGGUUUCCACUGGGCGGCUUCAAAUAUAUGACCAGGAACAGAUACAGCGGAUCAUUGAUCGGCAGGCCGAGGAAAAUUAA